CAUCAGUUAACAGUGCUCUGUGCUUUGCCGGUGAUUGACAGCCCAAUUCUUUACCGCGUAGAGCCGCUAAAUUAUUAUAAAAUACCAAGAUAGGAAGAAGAAGAAAAGCAGGGGCGAAAGGUCUGAUCACUCUCCAUAGACAUGGCGAUGAACCAAGCGGCAAUACUGAAAGUAGGUUUGGUUUUUAUGGGAGUGUGCUUGUUCGGUUAUAUAGUGGGUCCACCUUUGUACUGGCACUUCAUGGAGGGUUUAGCGGCUGUGAGCCGUUCCUCCACCACCUGCGAUCCUUGCCGUUGUGAUUGCUCCUCUCAGCCUCUCCUCUCCAUCUCUGACGGAUUAAGCAAUGCAUCCUUCACAGAUUGUGCAAAGCAUGACCCAGAAGUGAGUGAAGACACUGAAAAGAAUUUUGCAGAGCUACUGACCGAGGAACUGAAGCUUCGGGAAGCUGAAGCUCUGGAGAAUCAACGGCGUGCUGAUAUGGCUCUGCUUGAGGCUAAGAAAUUAACAUCACAGUAUCAGAAGGAAGCAGACAAGUGUAAUUCAGGUAUGGAAACAUGUGAAGAAGCUAGGGAGAAAGCAGAAGCAGCAUUAGAGGCACAGAAGAAAUUGACAGCCACUUGGGAGCAAAGGGCUCGCCAGAAAGGAUGGAAAGAAGGGAUGACAAAGUCACGUGCUCAGACUCAGGGAGCUACCCAAGCUGCGUAGAAAUUGGCCAUGGUUUUGUAUAAAUAUUCAUGAGGUCUGAUCCCAAGGGCAUGACAUUCAUGAAUUUGAUGAACUCGUAUUUAACUAUCUCAUUUAUUUAUAUUGUGGUUAAUAGUGAGUAUAGGCAUAUUCUCAAUUAUGAAGCUCUUUGAAGGAACCAAAUAUGUAUGGAAAAGCUCAAAUUAGCUUGUUUUGUUGUGUUA